AUGUCUGCGUCACCUACCAGUGCAGCAGCUCCAUCCACCAAGCGGCCUUUGGAAGAGCCGUCUUCCCCUGCUGGCCCCAAUGACCAACCCGAUGCCAAGCGUCCUGCUCUCGACAACAUGGUGAAGGAUCAGCACGCCGCCGAAGAAUCCGCUGAGCCGGUGGAGGCGGAAGCCAACGCCACUGACGCCAAUGCUGAAGCGAAGCCAGAGGGCAACGCCGAGUUUGAGGUUGCAUACCAGAACGGCCAUAAGGAGGGCGAAGCCGAUACCGUGGUCCCGGACGCCCCAGCUCCAGCCCAGAUUGAGACCCAACCCAUUGAAUCCACUUCCGGUGCCACCGGACGCCCUGUUUCCCAUUCCCAGCACCAACACCAGGACGAGUCCAACUGGCUUCACCUCCGUGCCGUCAUCAGCACGAGCGAGGCGGCUACCAUUAUCGGAAAGGGAGGUGAGAAUGUUACCCAGAUCCGACGUCUCUCUGGUGCCAAGUGCACCGUCAGUGAUUACUCACGUGGUGCGGUCGAACGCAUCUUGACAGUGAGCGGUCAGGUCGAUGCUGUUUCAAAGGCAUUCGGGCUCAUCGUCCGCACCCUCAACCAAGAGGACAUCGAGUCUCCUUCUACGUCUGCUUCCAAGUCUUAUCCGAUGCGUCUUCUCAUCCCCCACAUUCUGAUUGGAUCCAUCAUCGGCAAAGGCGGUGUCCGCAUUCGAGAAAUCCAGGAUGCGUCCAACGCCAAGCUCAAUGCUUCGGACACUAUGCUGCCCAACUCGGGUGAGCGUUCGCUGGUCAUCCUUGGUGUCGCUGAUGCCAUCCAUAUCGCCGUCUAUUACGUUGCCCAGACAUUGGUCGAGCAAUUGACGGAGCGCUUUGGUGGCCCAGCUGCCUCCCAGUACGCCACUCGAAGCGGAGUUGCCGCUAAUGUUGUUCCCGGCGGCAUGUCUGUUCAGCCCUACGUUCCUCAGCCUGCCGGUGGUCAGUAUGGUCCCCCAAGCCAUUUCCGCGGCCGCGCCGACCAUGGUGUGCAGCGGGCUUCCGCACCCCAUUAUGGCGCUCCGUACAUGCAUGGGCAACCUGCUCAUCAAGCACCGAUUCAACCGAACAUACCUUACGGAACGGCUUCGCCUGGUCGUGGCCCUUAUGGAGGAGCCGGUCCUGCAGUAGUCCCUGCAACAUACGGUGGUCAUCAUGCCGCUGCCCCCGUCGCUCAUGGUGCUGCCCCAGCUCAACCUGUGGGCAUGCCCGGCCAGCCGCUUACACAGCAAAUUUACAUUCCGAACGAUAUGGUCGGGGCCAUCAUUGGCAAAGGUGGUGCGAAGAUCAAUGAAAUCCGCACUCUGUCCGGUAGCGUGAUCAAGAUCAACGAGCCAACCGACAAUAGCAACGAGCGCCUCGUUACCAUCACUGGAACUCAGGAGUGCAACCAAAUGGCGUUGUACAUGCUCUAUUCACGACUUGAAUCCGAGAAACACCGCAUCUAG